AACCUUAUCAAAAGUAUGCUAAAAAUAGAUUUUUCCCAAGCAUAUUGGAUACACACUGCAUGUAAAGAGAAGAAGUUUACACAUUGUUGAAAACAUGCAGCCUGUUGUUUAGAAGAAGAAAUCUUGAAAAGAAAAGUUAAUCAUGAAAGGUGCUAGUAAAGGUGGUGGCCGUAAUAACGAAGGAUCAGGCUCCGCCACCCAAGGGGAUGGCAAAAUUAAAAGUCCCAUCAGCACUCGGAGUGGCAGGCGUCUCAGCAGUACAGGUUCAGCAGGACCCUCUCCAGCCAUGAAGACCCCAACAAAACAGAGCCCCACUCCCAGAACCCCUGGCAGCCAGGGGCCACAUGCAUCACAGAGGCUCACACCAUCAUCAGGGUCAAAGGUUGUGACUGGGUCGGUCUCAAAGGUCACUCCAGGUCGAAAGGUCACACCUACAAGAGCCACAAGGUCAAACCCUGCCAUCGGCUCUAGGGGAAGUGUACUAGACAAGUUGAGGGCCAACAGAGAAAAACAAGAAAGGCUAAAAGAAGAACAAAAAACCCAGGCAAAAUUGGACAGUUCUGUGUUGUCAUCACCAGAGCCUAUGAUGUCAACAACAGACUCUGAGAUGACUGAAACCAGUUCUGAACUUAUGGACAACAUGAAUGAGGUAACUGGUGAGGAUGAGAAAGAAGAAAGCAAGUUGGCUGAGUCGGGUGAAGAUGAAAGUGACGAAGCUGCCAAAAUCACGAGUGUGGACAAUAAUGGAAUGGAAGUGGCUUGUGGCACUGACAGUGUGGAUUUGCAGGUCUCGGGUGAAGUUAAAGAUCCUGAAGCAGGUGGUGAUGUAUUGGAAGCAGAAGAUGUUGACUCUGACGAUCUUAAAACAACUGGUGAAAAGUGUGAUGAGGAUGAAACUGUUGACAAGGUGAAGAAAAAAGGAAACACACUUGAUCAGCAGCAAGACAUGCAGAAAACAGUCUUCAAGUCAAUUGAAAUGGAGGCUGUUGAUGUGAAGGUCAAAACCAAUACUGAAAUUGUUAAAAGUGCAUCAAAAAGCUUGGAAAAAGAAGUGUUGGUAUCUGGUUUGAAUGCUGGUGUUUCCGCAGAAUCGGUUGUAACUGUUAAAACAAGGAAUGUCAGUGCAAAGAUGGAGCCUAAGUCAUCCAGGUCCUCUGUAUCUAACCAGUCGGACGGGGUAACUAGCAUUAAAUCUGUGACCUCCGUCAAAUCUGAGCCCAACAGCCUAGAUUCAGCAACACCUAAGAUACCAGGAAUUCGUACCCGGUUGAAAACGGGAAGUAUACAUAUGAAUGGUACAACAACGAUAUCUGUAUCCAAAGAGAAAGCAGAGCAGGAAAAUAUCAUGAAGCAGAUUGCAGCUAAAGGUCAAUCACCCUCUGACAGUAAGACCCCUCAUGUAUCGGGGAGGAAGCGUCCCGUUGCUACGAACGUUCACUCCCCGGCUCCUAGCGAUGGCAUUCCUUCUGACCAUCCACCACCCAAGAAGCGAAAAAUUGGUAGAAAUGAUGGUAGUGGAGAGGACAAUCGGAAUGACUACUUCUGCUGGCUGUGUCACAAGGAAGGCACGCUGGUGUGCUGUGAGCUAUGUCCCAGGGUGUACCACUCUCGCUGUCUAGGGCUCAGUGAGGCUCUACCCCAAGACUGGGUGUGUCCUGAAUGUGAGAAAAUCAUGCGUGCAGAGUGCGUGGAUACGAGGUCAAAGGCCAUGGAGAUGUUGUCCCUGGAGCAGCUGUGUACGCUGCUGAAAUCCGCCCUGGACCGGAUGAUGCAUGCUGGGAGCGACCCGUUUCAGCAUCCAGUGGACACCAGCUCCAUACCAAACUACUCUGACUACAUCUUCCACUCCAUGGACCUCAGCAUGAUUGAAAAGAACAUAAAAAAGAAACAGUAUGGUUGUACUGAGGCAUUUUUGGCAGACACGAAAUGGAUUCUUCAUAAUUGCAUAAUCUACAAUGGAUCACAUAGUAAGCUUACGAGUAGUGCCAAGAUGAUUAUCAAGAUAUGCAAACAUGAGAUGAAUGAGAUAGAGCUCUGCCCUGACUGUUAUCUCAACUCCUGUGUCCGGAAAAAUGAGGAGUGGUUCUCCGAGACUUGUAGGGUUCCCCAUACCCUAGUCUGGGCCAAGUUAAAGGGCUACCCUUUCUGGCCAUCGAAAGCCCUAAGGGAAGCAGAUGGGCAGGUGGAUGUUCGCUUCUUUGGGGCCCAUGACAGGUCCUGGGUGCCUGUGUCUCAGUGUUUCCUGCUGUCCAAGAACAUCCCAACCUCCCUACAGAAGGGCAAGAAGAACCAGGGGCUGGAUAUGGCCAUCUCAGAGCUAAAUCUGCAUGUCAAGAAACUCAGGGAGAGAUUUGGCUCCUUUGAGUAUGCCCCCUUCAGGACCCCUUACGACAAGAGUGAUUCAUACAAGCCCUUCGCUCUGAAUGUCCCCACAAGCCCUGCAAAGUCUGUGUCAUCGUCAUCACCCCAGAAAAUUCAUACAGGUACGCAAUCAAGCUACUUGCAUGGGAAACCGAGGCCUAUGAUAUUUAGAAGGCCAUCUGCAAUGUCCAAGACUGUCUCUGCGCUUCGAAACAAAUACAGUGCCAUUGUGACGUUGAAGAAAUUGGACGCUAGUCCAGAUAAAGCGAAAAGGUUCAAAUUGUCUGAUAGUCACAAAGAGGAUGAAGAUAUUGAUGUUGAAGACUCUAGUGAGAUACUUGAUCAAGCAAAGGAAUCAUUGGAAGAUAAGAGCAUGGAUGUUGAAAGAGAAAGGGAAAGUUCAAACAAGGAUGGAUCACACCAAGUCAAGAACGCCAAAGAACAAAAUGUGACAAGUAAGAAUCCUGAAAUUAGUAUUGUUGAUAAACUGGCCAACAAAAUCAAAGCUCUGACUGAAAUUGAUAAAGAAGUUGCUGAAAAUGGUGGUGAUACUGAUAAAAAUGAUAAUGAUGGAAAUGACAGUUCAGAAACUAGUAAAAUGAAAGAAGAUAAUCAAGAAUAUUGCUCAAAAAAGACAGGAAAUGAUGACCAAAACAGUGAUGAAAAAGUUGGAUUGGAGAAAAGGCUUGAUAUUGGACAAGAAAAAGAGUGUGUUGUGGAAAAUGUAUCAAAAUCAGACAAAGAGCAGGAUGAAUGCAGUUUCCCAAAGAAAAAUAUUGAUAAAUCUAAUAUUGACAUUUUGUCCGAAGCAGAAAAAUCUAAUGGGCAAGAAAGCCAAUGCGAAGACUUAAGUAUUAUCCCUCCUUAUAACCACUCCAAGGACACUUACAAAAAGAAAUUGGAGUCUAUGAUAAUGACGUGCAAGGAAAAACUUGGAGUGGAACAGAUAAGUACAGAUUCUGAUAAAGAUGACACUGAAGAUGAGAACAAUGAAGAUGUAGAGCAUGUUGAUGAUGAAAACUCUGAAUCAGGGAGUGAUGAUGCUGAUUACAUAGAAGAUGAUACUGAAGAGUCAGAUGAGGAAGGCAAAGAAGAUGAUGAACACAAUAAAGCUGAAAACACUGACGAUAUUACGACCUCUGAUAAAGAAGAGGCGGUAGAUGAAUCAAAACUUAUUUGCAAUACAACAGAGAAACGUAUGGAAAUUGAUGUUGAUGUUGUUGCUGAGAAACCUCAAGAUGAGAACAGUUUUAGUGGAAAUAAGGGACGUGAAACUAAAAAUGAGACAGAAAAGGUGGAUAUGUUUAAGCCAAAUCACAAAGGAGAUGAAUCUGUUGACAUUGAAAUGGAACUCACUGUUGAAGCAGAUGCAAAAGAAAAUGAUAAAUCUUUGCCCACAACUUCAGAAAAGCAUGAACCAAGUGACCAUACUGUUUCUAGAAAAAGACAGAGAAGCAUUGAGAAAUCAGAGAAAGAAGUUUCCGCCAACAAAGCUUCAGAAAAUAGCAAAAUUGAUGAUAAUUUUGUGAAAAAGGCCAAAACAGUGGACAGUACCAAAAAGAAAACCCCUGAAACAGAGAGGAAUCCACAGACUGAUCUAAAAAAAAUGGCUAAAAUCUUUGAUACAGAAAAGGUCAGAGACAAUGAAACAGAUGAUUCUGAUUCCGAAAGGUUGGUCAUAGAUCUUGAGAAAGAAACAUCAGAGAAGCCAAAAACAUCUGAAAACAAGAAAAUAUCUAAUGACAAAACAGAUAAAGAUGUAAAAGGUAAUGAAAAGCCUGCAGGGAAAGAGCCUUGCAAAGAGGCAAGCCAUGGGGUACCUGUGAUUAACACAGAGAAAAUGACUCCAGUAAGACGGCAGUCUCUAACGUUGGAAUGUGAGGGGCUGGAAAUAGUCGGUCCGGAAAGAGCCAUACCUGACCCUAGGCCCCCUGUAAAUGAAGCACAGGUUGCCAGUGGGAUGGAAAAGCAGAUUAUGACCUCUGCGAAGGUCGCUGAGAAAUUCUCACAGAAGUUACUGGAGAGCAUACAGAAGACUUUUGAUGAAAUGUGUGCGGAGGUACUGAAGGAGCAGACGUGUCAGGAGACAGUGGACACCCUGUACCACCAGCUGGAGCAGGCCAAACAUGACUACAGCAUCGAGAUUACUGAGAUGAGACACAACUUUCAGCUGACUCUGUCAGAGAUGAAGGCGUGCUGGGAUGCAGAGAAAGACCAGGUUUCCAAGGCGAUACGUUCUAAAAUUGAGGCUGAGAAAGAGGCAGCUGUUGCAGAGGCAAAGAAGAAACAAUGGUGUGCGUACUGUGGCAAGGAGGCGAUCUUCUACUGCUGCUGGAACACGAGCUACUGUGACUACCCCUGCCAGCAGAACCACUGGCCCCUCCACAUGCACUCAUGUCUGCAGACCAACAAGAACAAGAUUGGGGAGGCAACCCCUGCCAGUGCAGUCAGCGCCUCUCAGGGUGUAGUGUGUUCAGUUGCCUCACCGUCUCCCAUGGCGACAGUGAGUGUUCCACACACAGCCCCCACUGUGGCAACUGUCUCUCAGAAUGAGCCAGACCAUCUGCGUCUGCUCCAGAACAACAUCUCAGCUGCAAUACAGCGGGAGGAGGAGAGGCGGGGGGAGUCAAGGUCAGCAGGGGUCAGCCCAAAGUACAUCCCCAUGGCAACACCCAUCAACGUCAUGCAGAAUGUCAGACAGCCUGCUCCUGUUGGUGUAGCUGGUGGUAUGAUGUUCAUGAGUCGGCAGAGAUUUGGAGUAACACCAAUGCAGAUACCCACUGGUCAGCAUGUUAGCCUUCAUCAGCAUCAUCAGCAGCAGCAACAACACCAGCAGCAGCAACAACACCAGCAGCAACAGCAGGCUAUGGGUAACCGAAUGGUGUUCUCACAGCCCAUGAUUCAGCAGGCUAUCUACCCACUGCAAGUUCAGCCCCAGGCACGCCUGCUCUUCCAGGGCCCUCAACAAAACAUGAUGACGUACGGAAUGCCGCCCCCUAGGCCCUUCUGACUGUGACCUUGACCUUCAAGGGCCCUCAACAGAACAUGAUGACAUCCAGGAUGCUGCCAACCCUUGUGAUUUUGACCUUCGAGGACCUUCUGAUGGUGACCUUGACCUUCAAGGGCCCUCAACAGAACAUGAUGACAUACAGGAUGCUGCCCCCUAGACCCUUCUGACUGGGACCUUGACUAAGAAACUCUGCCGGUUUCUUAUGGCAAUGAAUGCAAAAUUUAAUAUUCACAAUUUAAGCAUAAAACAAAACAUAUUUAUUUGAUUGACUAUAACCAAGUUCACAGAUUUUGAAGAGUUUCUUGUACAUCCAAACGGCACUUAGCUAGGCUCUCUACUUGUGCUCAUAUCUUCUGCAAACAGGGAAAAUGUUUAUCACCCUUCUUUAAAAAAAAGUAAUCAGAACUCCAGAUUUGCAUCAUUUUAGCAAUACAUGUACAGAUUUAAUGAAAGUACUGUAGAGCCAUUGUUUUUGAAAAGUGAUAUUUUACAUCACUUCCGAUUUAUCUGGAAAAAAAGUUGUAUUUUAAGUUUGCCAAAAUGAUUCACAUAGCUCUCAUUAUGACUUAGCUUUAUCUAAGUCUGUUUCAUUUUAAAUAUGAUGAUGUUAUGUUCUACGAACACAUUGAGUAAAUGUUAUGGAAGUGUAUGAGCAUUACUCCAUAUGUGUGCAGUGUCCUUGGUACAAAGAUAAUUCCAUAAAACAUUAAUAUGAAAAUAUGAAAUCAUUCAACUUGUCUUUCAUGUUUGAACUUGUAUUUAAAUGAUUCAAUAUUUUUUAUCUGUAAGCCUGAAUAUGUUUCAAUGUUUUUCUUUUCUUUUAUAACAAAUCAUAGAACUAAGACUUUUUAUUAUACCUGUAUUAAAAGCAACACAUGCAUUACUCAUACUUAGUACUGUUUCUGUGAAUAUCUUAUAAAAUCUUAAACUUAGCUAUACAGAGAAAAUGUGCUACAUUUUUAUUUCCUUUACAAAAGUUGCCAUUUUUAAAUGCAAAAUUGUUACUUUUCAUGUGAUUAUUCUCUAUCCGUUGACUUGCAUUAAAAUAUGUACCAGUAUUUUAAGGAAAAUUGUACUGUUUGAUGGUGUUGUUUUUAGGGUGUUUUUUCCAUUUGUUAAUGUUUUUGUGUAUCAUAAAAAAUGGUGGCAUAAACAUAAAUGUCAAUGUUUACUGUCAAAAAUCACAUGUUUUGUAAUAUUGGUUGCCUUUUGAUGAAUAUAUUGUAUCAUAUUGUCUAGAGAAGAGGACAAUUACAACGAGCGAGGCAUGGUAUAGGGGAGAUAACCCUGGGUUAUGGUAAGGUUAGGGUUAGUGUUAGGGGUCGGGUUAGGGUUAAAGUAUGGGUUAAGGCUAAUCCUAACCCUAACCUGACCCCUAACACUAAACCUAACCUCUAACCCCCCAUGCACAUAACAAUACCAUGCCUGGCUUGUUGUCGUUGUCCGCUUCCCUUAUUGUCUAUUAUACUACAACUGAACCCCAGUAUUCAGUGCUGCAAAUGAGCACUUGUAAGAAGCGAAGUCAUGUUGCUGUAUUUCAAAAUAAAAACUACAACCUGAA